GUCACUUAACACUGUCACCUGCUGCUGUCACCUAACACUGUCACCUGUUGCUGUCACCUAACACUGUCACCUGUUGCUGUCACUUAACACUGUCACCUGCUGCUGUCACCUAACACUGUCACCUGCUGCCGUCACCUAACACUGUCACCUGUUAUCACCAUGACUAACGCCACAGGACCACAGGCUGCCUUUUAUGGGCAGGGAAUAUCCUUCGGUUACCCGGAAGGCUUGACCAUCGUGGACUUUGUACCUGACACCAUCAAACAUAUGGUACAUGAGCACUGGUACAGCUUCCCCCCCGUCAACCCCAUGUGGCACUACCUCCUGGGUGCCAUCUACAUCAUCCUCGGAUUCUUCUCCAUCACCGGCAAUGGCAUCGUUAUCUAUCUCUUCAUUAAAGCUACAGGCCUGAGGACUCCAGCCAACCUACUGGUGGUGAACUUGGCGCUGUCUGACCUCAUCAUGUUGACCACUAACUUCCCUCCCUUCGCCUACAACUGCUUCAGCGGCGGCCAGUGGAUGUUCAACGCCUUCUUCUGUGAGCUGUAUGCUGCCUUGGGCGCCAUAACAGGUGUGUGCAGCAUCUGGACCCUGGGCAUGAUCUCCUGGGACAGGUACAACAUCAUCUGUAAUGGCUUCAAUGGCCCCAAGAUGACCAUGACUAAAGCUGUUGUUAUGUGUCUCUUCUGCUGGGCCAUGGCCAUCGGCUGGGCUCUGCCUCCCUUCUUCGGCUGGGGCAAGUACAUCCCUGAGGGCAUCCUCGACUCCUGCAGCUACGACUACCUCACACAAGACUGGAAUACCAAGAGUUACAACAUUGCCAUCUUCAUCUUCGACUUCUUCUUGCCGGCGUCAAUCAUCAUAUGUUCAUACGUGUUCAUCGUGAAGGCCAUCUGUGCUCACGAGGCCGGUAUGCGGGCCCAAGCCAAGAAGAUGAACGUGUCCAAUCUUCGCUCUAACGAAGCAGACAACCAGCGCGCCGAGAUCCGCAUUGCCAAGACAGCCAUCGCCAAUGUUUCUCUCUGGCUGACCUGCUGGACGCCUUACGCAGCCAUCACCAUUCAGGGUGUGCUUGGUCACCACGAGAACAUCACUCCCCUGGUGACAAUGUUGCCCGCUCUGUUGGCUAAGUCCGCCUCCUGCUACAACCCCUUCGUCUACGCCAUCAGCCACCCCAAGUUUCGUCAGGCUCUCACAGUUCACUUGCCCUGGUUCUGUGUGCACGAGACUCAGCCCAAGAACGAUGAUUCCAAGUCAGUUACCAGCAACACCACAGCUAACGACGAAAAAGCUUAGGAUUAACUCAUGCUGACCUGCCAAACGAACACUGUAAGUUAGCUGUAAAUGGCGUCUUAAAUGGAACAACAAAUUUUAUCAUAUGCAGUACAGAACCUUCCCAGCCUUUCUCCUCCUUCUCAUGCCUCUUGAUUUGGAUUUUAUUGAAGCCACACACUAAAAAAUAUUCUAAGGCCACACUAGAACAUAAUCUAAGGCCACACUAGAACAUAAUCUAAGGCCACACGAACAUAAUCUAAGGCCACAUUGGAACAUAAUCUAAGGCCACACUGGAACAUAAUCUAAGGCCACACUGGAACAUAAUCUAAGGCCACACUGGAACAUAAUCUAAGGCCACAUUAGAACAUAAUCUAAGG